UUGUUUGCUAACCCUUAUUCCAGGAUUGCUAUGAACGGAAAUAGCUCUCCUCCGAAGUAUCCGAAACUCGAAAAUGGCGAGUCAGAUCAUAUGAACAAGACUGAAAAUGAUACGGUAAAUAGUGAAGAUGAAGAUGAAGAAACUUUUGAAGAACCUCAAAUGCAGUUGUUUGAACAGGACAUUAAAUGCCUGUUCUGUUCACAUACUUUUUCUUGUCCUUUGAAGCUUUUCGACCAUUGCACAAUUGAGCAUGAUUUUGACAUUUUCUACCUUGAAGGUUUUGAGAAAUCGUUUAUCAAUUAUGUAAAGCUCAUUAACUUUGCCCGAAAGAAUGUUGAUUCAUUGUGUAAGAAUGGAAAGGUCGUAUCUGCGGUUUUGGAAUUGUUUAAAAAAGUUGAAAAUGAUGAUAGUUUGAUGAAACCAGUGGUAGAAGACGACCCGCUUUUGUGCUUUGACUUCGAAGAAUACGUGACAACGCUACAGUUUCCCGAGAGAGAGGAAUUAAUGGAUACAAAUGCGCUCGUUGUCAAUGGUAAGCACCAAAUUUUCGAUGACGAAGAAAGAGACAUUUUGCUCGGGUAUGACAAAGAAAAACUAAUUGGCGAAGUUGUGCGACUGAAACGAGAGCUUAAAGCAACUGAAGACUUAUUGCAUGAAUCUGAUUUGAAAUUGAAAUGGAGAAGUGAAUUGGUAAGAAAUCUCACUGACGAUGACAGCGGGUGUUUGGAUGUUGAGAUGAGUUCGGCAAGUAAAGGAAGUGGAAAGGUGGGAGCAGGAGCUGAUGAUCCGGAUUGCGGAUAUUUUGACUCGUAUGACUCAUUGUCUAUUCACGAAGAAAUGAUUCAAGACUCGGUUCGAACCAGCAGCUAUCAUGACUUCAUCAAGAAAAACUCAGAUCUGUUUUCUGACCGAACAAUCGUAGACCUCGGAUGUGGUACCGGAAUUCUCUCCCUUUUUGCAGCAUCCGCCGGAGCCCGCAAAGUUUUGGCUAUCGACCAGUCAAAUAUUGCAAAAUUAGCCAGAAAAGUGGUAGCUGAAAAUAACUAUGCAAGUAUCAUUAAAGUCAUAAAUGAUAAAGCAGAAAAUGUUGAUUUUGCUGGAAUGGACUUAACAAUCGAUGUUAUAAUUUCGGAAUGGAUGGGUUAUUUUCUACUGUACGAAUGUAUGUUGGAUUCAGUUAUAGCGCUAAGAGACAAAAUCAAAUCGAUUAACAAUUAUAGUCCUCAGAUUUAUCCUAGAUAUUACAGCAUGUGGAUAUGCGCACUUCAAGACAAUAGUAUGUACAACAAACAUACAAAAUUUUGGACAAAUGUAUAUGGUUUCGAAAUGAACUCAAUUCAAGAAAUGGUUGCAAACAACGCGUUGGUCACUGAAGUUAGAGGAGAAAGAGUUUGUUCAAAAAGUUUCUGCAUCAAUGCUAUCGAUGCUUUAACUGCGACAAUUGAAUAUACUGACUUUGAAAAGGAGUUUUAUCUUGAACUUGAGCGAGAUGCGACUGUGCACGCUAUUUGCGGUUAUUUCGAUACCAAUUUCAAUCAUAAAACAGAAGAAAACACAGCUGGAUCUGAGGAGUGCAAACCAGAAGUGUCGUUUUCAACUGGUCCAAAGGCUACUAUGACUCACUGGAAACAAACUGUGUUUGUGCUGAGACAACCAAUCUAUGUUAAGAAGGGAGCCCAACUGGCUGGCAGCAUCAACGUCAGAAGAGACGCACAAGAUCCUCGAAGUGUGAAGGUCACGAUUAAAACUGAAAGGGAAGAUACUGAGUUUUGUUUGAAGUAGUUGGUCAUUUACCUAACAGCCUGUCAGCCAUUUUUCUUUCUCUGUGCUCAGAUUGAUAUUCAAAAUGUUUUCGCUUGAGGAAAGUGCAUUCCGAAUUGAAGUUUUUUUUUGUGUAAAAUCAGUUAUAAUUGAAAUUGGUUGAAAUGUG